GUAGACAUUUACAUGGGCGUUAUCAUUAUCACACAUGGCCCUUCGCACAGUGUGUGUUGUCAUUGACGAAGUAUAAAAGCCUUAGUAAACCCAAAGGCACUACAUAUUCGUACCCGAGCUUCCAAGGGUCCGACGUCGCGAAAUAUGUCUUUCAAGAUCGUUCUCUUCGCCUGCGUGGCCUCCGUCUGCCAGGCUGCAGGCAUCCUUGCCCCUGUCGCCUACGGCGGCUACCCUUACAACAACUACCCGGCUCAACCGGCCAUCGCCUCGCACCAAUCGAACAUACUCAGGUCGCCUUUUAACCUUGGACAGAUAUCAACAUAUUCAAAGGCAAUCGACACUCCAUUCUCAAGCGUGCGCAAAUCUGAUGUGCGCGUUAGCAACCCCGGUCUAGCAGUCGGCGGGCUUGGCUUGGCGUCGGCGUACCAUGGCCUACCCGCGUAUCAUGGCAUAGCGCCAGUGACUACGGCGUAUCAUGGAGCCGUUGCUGCACCACUAGUGUCGCAUGUCGGCGUCUCUCCGUAUGCUGCUCCUGUUGCUAAAGUGGCGACAGCAGGUGGUCUUCUCGGUGUAGCGUAUUCCGCAGCUCCCGCCGUCUCUCACAUGACAUACAGCAACGGACUUGGCCUGACCUAUUCAUGGUAGACAUGUGCUUUGUAAAUUAUGUUCAAACGAUGAUUACUGAAAAAUUAGAUCUUAACUGAACUCAAAGAUUCCUCUUAAUUUAUUACCUGAUAGUUGUAACAUAACUUGUUAUUGAAUACAUUAAUGAAUUAAAUAUAUAUCGUU